AACAAUGAGACUGAACGUCUACUGUAGCGUAUCCUUAUGGGAAGAGUCCGCUAACGGCCCCAACAGCUUCAUUUUCUAACCCUAAUUCUCUUGCAAAUGUAUUUUUGACGAUUCUUCACAACAUAAAUAAAUAAAACGACUGGUAUUUCGAAUGUAUUGUUAGUGCGUUUGUUUUGACUGCAGAAUAGAGAAGAACAACAUCGCAACAAUGGGUGAAAAAAUUGAUUCUAGUGGCAACACUUAUGUUAUUGAAGUACUUGCCGAAAUAUUUUCCAAUCAUGAAAAAUUGUCUCGUGGAAUGACGUAUCUUGUGCUUAACCUCUCAAUGACAGGGCCCUUCUGAUGCAAAAUGUUUGCUCAAUAUGACUGAAUGUGAUUGUUUCUGAUGAAAGAAAAAUUAGGCAAACGGUAUCUCCUUGAAAUUACCCUCGAGAAAAAUACAUUUCUCGUAUCAAAUAUCUUGACUUGCCACCAGUAAAUUAUAUAAAUAUUCCCCUAAGACAUGCUAAUGUCAAGUCCAUUCUUUUUGUAGUUAAUUAAUAAAUAUUCUUGUCAGGGGAAAUUCGGUCUCUCAGUCUGCACUAUUCAGGUUUAUAAAUUUGGCUGUUUCAUUAAAUUAUUCUUUAUAUAUUGGAAUAAUCAGCAUUGAAGCCCGGAUGGAAUGACUUCAUCUUAGCACACGAUAAUUUCACUUUAUGAGACCGCAAGUGCCAAUUAUGUAAAAUUUGGGCGAACCUCCUAGUCCAUUCUGGUCUGUAUUUGUACCCCUAUUGUACUAUUCCUUUCCCUCACCUUUGCGAGCUUUGUAAAAUAGAGAGCUAUCAAAAACCUCAGAGCUGGUGCGAUGAGGCAGGUCUGACCAAGGGGCAAAGAAUAGUUUGAAUAUUUUGAUGGCAACGGUAGAAACCCUGGAUUGUAGGAAAGGAACUCUCGCGAAGGAUGACAUCACGGAUUAAUAAAUAAGACUCACUGUAAUCACCAUAGCCUGGUUGAUUGUUGACUCUCCAAAGGGCAAAUGUGGCCAGACAGGAGAACAUUUGGACCACGUCCUCUGCCAAUUCCCCUUCUAUAAUGAAGAAAGAAUUACGAUAAUCAUUUCUCUACACAAAAAUAAUUGUUUCCCACUUUACCAUAAAGUUUUUCCUACGUACAAUGGACCUCACACUGAGCGAAGAUGACUGGCCCUACGAAGAGGAAAUGCUCCGCAAUCCCUAUUCCAUGAAGCACUGGCAGCGCUACAUCGAUCACCUCAAGAACACAAAAUCACCAAAUCUCAACAUCGUCUUCCGUCGUGCCCUGGAGAAGCUUCCAGGCAGCUAUAAACUCUGGUAUCACUAUCUGUGUAAUCGUCGUACACAAUUAAAAACAAAAUGCAUCGACGAUAAGAUGUACGAAGACGUCAACAACGAUUAUGAAAGGGCCCUUGUAUUCAUGCAUAAAAUGCCCAGAAUUUGGAUAGAAUACUGCGGCCUCAUGACAGAACAGUGUUACAUAACAAGAACUCGUCAAGUAUUUGAUCGAGCCCUUCGAGCACUUCCCAUCACUCAGCACCACAGGAUAUGGCCAUUAUAUCUAGACUUCGUAAGCAAACACGAUAUCGCUGAAACAGCAGUUCGAGUUUUCCGGAGAUACUUGAAAUUGGCCCCCGAGGAUACCGAGGAUUACAUCGAGUAUUUAAUAACAAUUGGACGUCUCGACGAAGCUGCUGUGAAACUCGCUUACAUCGUUAAUCAAGACGACUUUGUAUCAAAACAUGGAAAGUCAAAUCAUCAGUUAUGGAAUGAACUUUGCAAUCUCAUCUCCAAGAAUCCAACGAAGAUCAAGAGCUUGAACGUCGAUGCUAUCAUCAGAGGAGGUUUAAGAAGAUAUACCGAUCAAUUGGGGCCCCUCUGGAAUGCCCUGGCUGAUUAUUAUGUUCGUUCUGGUUUAUUCGAACGAGCACGUGACAUCUACGAGGAAGCCAUUCAAACAGUAACAACUGUCAGAGAUUUCACUCAAGUGUUCGAUGCUUAUGCACAGUUUGAGGAACUCAGUCUCAGUAAACGAAUGGAAGAGGCUGCCAAUAAUCCAAAUCCUACACCAGAGGAUGAUAUUGAUCUUGAAUUGAGGUUAGCAAGAUUCGAACACCUGAUGGACAGACGAUUAUUGCUUCUUAAUUCUGUUAUGCUUCGACAAAAUCCUCACAACGUUCAGGAGUGGCACAAACGUGUCAGACUUUAUGAGAAUCAACCUCAUGAGAUAAUUAGCACAUACAUGGAGGCAGUACACACAGUUCAACCUCAGCUGGCUGUUGGUAAACUUCACACACUCUGGGUAUCAUUUGCCAAAUUUUACGAGACUAAUAAUCAGUUGGACGAUGCCAGGGCUGUUUUCGAAGAGGCAACUAGGGUACCCUAUACGAAAGUCGAUGAUUUAGCGUCUGUUUGGUGUGCGUGGGCUGAAAUGGAAAUUGAUCAUGGAAAUUUCAAUGGUGCACUCAAGCUUAUGCACCGAGCAACAGCAAUGCCUUCUAGGAGAGUUGCAUAUCAUGAUGAAUCUGAGACGGUGCAGAUGAGACUUUAUAAGUCUCUGAAGGUCUGGUGUCUCUAUGCCGAUUUGGAAGAGUGUUAUGGGACAUUUAGGACCUGCAAAGCUGUUUACGAUAAGAUUAUUGAUUUGAAAAUUGCUACUCCUCAUAUUAUUAUGAGUUAUGGGCUCUUCUUGGAGGAGAAGAACUAUUUUGAAGAGGCUUUCAGGGCGUAUGAGAAGGGAAUUGCUCUGUUCAAGUGGCCUAAUGUUUAUGAUAUUUGGAAGAGAUAUCUUGAGAAAUUCCUUCAGAGAUAUGGUGGCGACAAGCUGGAGAGAACGAGGGAUUUAUUUGAACAGUGCUUGGAGCAUUGUCCUCCAAAAUAUGCCAAGAUAUUUUAUCAACUUUAUGCUAAGUUUGAAGAGGAACAUGGGCUGAAGAGUCGUGUUAUGUCGGUGUAUGAACGAGCCACUGAAAAAGUUCCUAAUGAGGAGAAAUUCAGUAUGUUCAAUAUUUAUAUUGAAAAGGCUGCGGAUAUAUAUGGAAUCCCGAAGACUCGACAGAUUUAUGAAAAAGCUAUUGAUGUUCUGAAUGAGGAAAAUACUAGGGAAAUGUCUCUACGUUUUGCUGAUAUGGAAACAAAGCUUGGAGAGGUGGAUCGUGCGAGAGCAAUUUAUAGUCAUUGCAGUCAAAUUUGUGAUCCACGAGUGACUUCAAAUUUUUGGCAGGUGUGGAAGGAUUUUGAGGUUAGACAUGGUAAUGAGGACACAAUGAGGGAAAUGUUGAGGAUAAAACGUAGUGUACAGGCGAUGUAUAAUACACAGAUUAAUAUGAUGUCAGCUCAGAUGUUGAAUACAGCGACGUCUAUUCAGAGUAAUGAUGUUCCCGAUGCCAUGAGGUUGUUGGAUAGCAAAGUUGCUGCGACAGGACAGAGUGGGGCUAUGCCACCGAAGGAUGGCAUUUCAUUUGUACGAGGGGUUACGGAAGGAGGGGCAAAGAGUACUCAAGUUCAUAAUCCUGAUGAGAUUGAUAUUGAUAUGGAUGACGAUGAGGAGGAAGGAGAUAGUCAGGAUGAUGCACAAAUGGAGGAGGAAGUGCCAGUUGAGAAACAACUUAUUCCUUCGCAAGUGUUUGGAAGCUUGAAAAUUGAUGCAGAUGGAAAUGAUGAUUAAGUAGUUAUGAUGGAAAACAGGUCUUUUGGAGACUGUUGCCUUGGCAUCGUGUUUUAAACUUACAUAUUGAUUGAAUAAAAGGAAAUUGUACAUUGUAUUGAAAAAAAAUAACCUUUUUAAUGAUGAUUUUGAAAUUAUUUACGUAUACGUUUGUGUUCAGAAAUGAGAAUUCAAUUUUGUAACAAUUACACAGUGUAAUUAUUGUAAUGGAAUUGAACAAAAGGAAACAUGUUCAGCAUAAAGUCAGUCUACCCUCAGGCGUCAAUUUUUCCAGUUGCCACAUUUUCCGAUUAAUUGCAUGAGGAAAAUUCGAAAAAAUCAUGUAUAGUUAGUAAUAUCUAAAUUAAAUUUCUGAAAGUAUUUUUUUCCCACAUUUUCUCCUUAUAAACAAAUAAUAGAAUUUCUUUCCCAGUGGAUGGAUUAUUUUUUACGAACUGUCAAAAAUAAAAAAAAAUUUUUUUUUGUUUAAUCAUUAGAAA